GCUCUCUCAGAUAUGGUCACUCUCUCAACCCUGUCUUAUUGAGUACCUUUUCAUUCUUAGACACUCAGCAACAGUCUCUUUCCAACACACACACACACAUCUACUUACACACCUCUGUAGUGACACACACAUAUUUACACACCCUCUAUAUUGAUUGCCUGGAAGGAAUCCUGCAGUUUGCGGCUGCAGCUCUCUGGACAUGCAGGACCGUGUCUGAGGUGGGAGAUGGGCUUGAGGACGUGUGUUGUCCCUUCAAUCAUAUUGCGAGGACGAGGGGUUUCCACGUGGUUACGGAUCCGGAGACUCUAUCCUUAACCACUGCCACAGACAGAACUGUACAAGCCGGAAAAGGAGGAAAAAGAAAGUUCCAUCCCAAGGAGGACACACUCCAGUAGUAGAAACCACAAGAACGGACAGAAUACAGUAGACGUUCAGUCAUGCAUGGCUCCACCCUUACAUUGAUCUUUACUGGGGUGCUCCUGUACUUAGUGAUGGGGGCACUGGUGUUCAAUGCACUUGAGGCCCCGUAUGAGGAAGGCCACCACAUCCGGCUGCAAAUCACCCGUCAGGAGUUUCUGGGCAAUAACACCUGUGUGAACCCUGAAGAUCUGAAGGAGCUGUUAGAUAAAGUGGCAGAAGCAAUCAGUGUUGGAAUUCAUCCUAGCAGCAAUGCCACAUACAGUUCCAGUUGGGACCUGUCCAGUGCUUUCUUCUUCUGUGGCACCAUUGUCACCACCAUUGGUUAUGGGAACAUCGCUCCAAAGACAACGUGGGGUCAGUUCUUCUGUAUCUGGUAUACGCUGGUGGGCAUUCCCUUGUUUGGAUUUCUUCUGGGUGCAGCAGGAGAUCAUCUGGGGACUUCGCUAAGGAAUGCCAUUGCAAAAGUUGAAGCUCUUUUAUGGAAAUGGAAGGUGAGCCCAACCAUUGUGCGUGUCAUCACCGCAGUGCUGUCCAUCCUGUUGGGCUGUGUUCUCUUCAUCUUGGUGCCAGUUUUAGUCUUCCAGAAGGUGGAAAACUGGACUCUUCUAGAAUCUGCCUAUUUUGUGGUUAUCACCCUCACGACUGUGGGCUUCGGAGACUAUGUUGCAGGUGAUAGCGGUGAUGCAGGUCAAAAUCAUUGGUACAAGCCUCUGGUCUGGUUCUGGAUUUUGUUUGGUUUGGCCUACUUUGUGUCCAUUCUUUCCAUGAUUGGGAACUGGAUUCUGGUUCUAACCAAAAAAACCCGCGCUGAGAUGGAGGAGUUGAGGGCACAUGCCUCAGACUGGACUCAGAACAUUCAGAACAUGUCCGUGGAUUUCAACAUUGCUGGAAAACUGGAAGAUCCUUUCAAGCGUACCAGGCGAAAGCGGCGCCACAGGCGCCACAGACGCAGCGACAGCCAGGGCGAAACUGGUGGAGCUGGAGAGGAUAGGAGGGGGGAGUACGAAUCAGAAUCUGGCUCUUACUCCGCCUCAUCUGACGAGUCGGAGGGCAGCUCUGAGACUGAGUCAGAGGUGACCGAGACAGAACGGGUGCUGGAGGGAGGUGUCGUCAAAGAUGUUGAGAAAGAGGAAAAGCCGAAAGCACCCACCAUUGCCAAAGAUCGCAUCUUCUCUCAGCCCUUGGAUUACUUUGGGGAAAAUCUUGCCUACAUUGAUGAGUCCUCAGACGCAGUGAGUGGGAAAAUUCACCUGGACCCCCUCCUGGAUGUACCUGAAUCCAAUCCGGCUUCUAAAGACAAGGCCAAAAGAAGACGUCAAAGGAGACACUUGAGAAAUCCACAGAAGAAAUACAAGGAUCCUCAGAAACCCGUGUCUACCAAAACCAGUCCAGGUGAACCAGAUAAUAAUAAGCCAAAUGGAGACAUUUAGCCAAAAGAACCCUCUCCACCGAAGCUGAGCAAGCAUGGUGUUCAUGGGGUUUAUAAUUCCUCAUAAAAGCCUUCAUCCUCCUCUUUGACAUGUAAUAUGUGUCACUGGAAUAAAGUUUUGCUACUGCUUGCAUUAGCGUAUGCUGUGCUUUACUGUGAAGGCACCUGGCAUUAUUCUCAAAUUUUACUGGGACUCUUGCCUACAGCAAAAAAAAAAAGUUAGACAAGGGAUAUCAAUGAAGUCUAAAAGUAUAAAACUAUCUAUGUGCCUAAAAUGAAAAGGGAAAAAAAGGAUGAGGUCCCAUCUUAGACAACACAGCAUGAACGAACGGGUGAGAAGUUUUAUUGGGUAAUCAGAUAGUGGUCCAAUGACCAUUAGUCAUAACUCCAUAUGCAGAAAGUCCAUUAAGAUUAGAAUCUUAGUGCCAUCUACUGGACAGUUCUGCAGUCAGAUUCUCUGCACAUGGCUGAUUAAUGUUAUUGCACAUGCUGUGUACAGAUUCAGUUGCUGUUUUAUUCUGUGUGCCUUUUGCUCCUUUCCUUAUUUCAUGGCUUGAUAAUAAAGGAAUGACACCUUCCAUUAAGAGGAUGCAGAUGCUAAAGGGAUAGUUCACCCAAACAUUUAAAUUCUGUAUUCUGUUAUCUGACCCUCAUGUUGUUCGAAACCUGCAUGAAUUUCUUUCCUCCGUGGGACACAAAAGGAGAUGUUAGGCAGAAUGUUCAGUCUCAUUCACCAUUCACUUUCAAUGUAAGUGAAAGUGAAUGGUGACUGAGGCUAACAUCUCCUUUUGUGUUAAAUGGUAACAGAAUUUGUAAUUUUUUUGGGUGAACUAUCCCUUUAAUAAUCAACCUCAUCUCAGUUGAUGCUGACUGCUUGUGUACAUCAAACUGAACAUUACUUGGUCAAUAAUGUGAUUGUGCAUAGAGAGCUAGACGAUACGUGUGCGCGCGAGGUAGACGAUACGUGUGUGCGCGCGCACGCGUGUGUGUGUGUGUGUGUGUGGACUACAUCACUGCAGUCCAUUACAUUAUGUGGUCAAGUUACACCCAAGAAGAAAAUAUGUAUUUCAGUAAUACUGUGCUGUAGUAACCCCUUUUAUUUUUUUACAAUCUCUAUUUGACUGGGUUAAAUCUUCCACUUUAUAUACCUGCAGGUAAAAAAGAAAUACAUUUCACUUGUAUUCCAUUGUCAUGACAGUAUUUUGUACAGUGUAUGAGAAUACUGACCAACUUACUAUUUAAAAUAAACAAGACUAUGUGUGUCUGUGUUUAUGUGUGCAGACAUGCUUGAAGGGAUAGUUCACCCAAAAAUUCUGUCAUCCUUAACCAAAGCCUUUCUUACAUGGAAUGCAAAAGGAGAUGUUAGCCUCAGUCCCCUUUUACUUCUGUUGCUUCUUUUUUCCAUACAGUAAAUGUGAAUGGUGACUGAGGGUAACAUUAAGCUUUUUGGAUGAACAAUACCUUUAAUGUAUGCAUAUAAUGUACUCACCACAUUCCUAGAGCUUGUUGAUCCUCUGAAUGUCAAUGGUAGACAUUUCCACCCUCUGUCCGAUCUUCACUGAAGAGUCAGGAAUAUGAGUGAUGGUUUCCUUCCCAGACUGUAUGACGAAGGCAGUCCUGAAAAUGGAAAGUGACACACUUUUUAUAUUGAUAAUGAAGCAUGUUUUUAAAAUAAAUAAGGAUGAUGUUUUACCUUAAUGCAUGAUGGAGUUAUAGUCAUAAGGGGUAUUCAAAUUAUUUGUAUUAUUCUUCUCAAAGUUGUUUGAAGAUGCUGUC